AUGUCGCUCUCCGCAGAGUACCUUCACGGCAUCGACCAUUCAGGCCCUCCUUCCGACGACGACCUAGAUCUGGAAGAGCUUGAUCCAGAAACAGCAAGGUAUCGCCAAGGACCCCGAACAAGUCUAGAAAGCAAACGACAACGCGGUAGCUACGGAGCUCGAAUAGCUUUGAGGAAUCUGCGCUCCCGAAAGAGAAACCGUUUAUGGAGUCGAGACCAUCAAGGGGCAGACCAUGACCUCGACAGUUUGUUCGAUGAUCGAGAUGAUAUUGCUUUCAAUUCGCACGAGGAUGAUGCUCCCCUUUUGAACGGACAGAGAAGAGAUCGCACAUCCUACGAUGCCCGUCGCUCAGGCAAAUCUCGACUUCCUAGUUUCCGCGCCAACGCACCAGCGCGGUCACCGGAUGUGCCGUCAGACUCUGGGUCUGCGCGAGAGGUCCUGGUGGGCCAGGCGCAACACCUGAAGUUUCCAGCGAAUGCGGUCUCAAACGCCAAAUAUACCCCGUGGAGCUUUCUUCCACGUACUCUUUAUAAUGAGUUUUCGUUCUUCUUCAAUUUGUACUUCUUACUCGUGGCGCUUUCACAAGUCGUACCCGUCCUUCGUAUCGGUUACAUAUCGUCCUAUAUUGCGCCACUCGCCUUUGUUGUCACGAUAUCUUUGGGUAAAGAAGCAUGGGAUGAUAUAGGUCGGAGAAGAAGGGAUGCCGAGGCAAAUGCGGAAGAGUUCACUGUUUUGUCUUUUGGACCACCUGCUGGUGGCAAUACGCGUGGAAAAUCAGGGAGCAUGAAUGGCUCGAGGCUUGAUGAAAACGUUUAUGAGAUUACGAAGAAAUCGCGGGAUUUGAAGGUUGGAGAAGUGCUGAAGAUCAAGAAAGACCAGCGACUGCCUGCCGAUGUUGUUAUCUUGAAAAGCACAUUGACGGAGUCAACAGUACAGCCAGACGCUUGCCACACCUUCGAAGCACCUGAAGUUGACCUCCUCGAAGCAAGCACAGACUCUCCACCCGCAGAUGGGACUACGAACGGAAAGGUUGGGAAAACUGAAGAAUCAGUUCAAGCUAGUGGUGCCGGAGAUACUUUCAUACGUACUGAUCAGCUUGAUGGGGAGACCGACUGGAAACUUCGACUUCCAGCAGCACUUUCUCAAACACUUAAUUUGCGUGAUUUCCAACGACUAAAAGUCCAUGCCAGUGCCCCUGAUAAACGCAUCAACGAGUUCAUUGGCAAGAUCGAAUUACUUCCUCCUCUGUACAGUUCCUAUGACCCUCCAGUUAAUAACGGCACGGCUCUAGAGAAUAGCGACUCGAAUGACAAUUCUGGAUCUGUAACUGAUAUCCAGUCAGCACCGUUGAGCAUCGAUAAUACCGCCUGGGCUAACACUGUGCUUGCAUCAAAUACCGUCACACUUGCCGUCAUCAUCUACACUGGAUCACAAACUAGGUCCGCAAUGUCAACAUCGCCGUCAAGAUCCAAAAUUGGUCUACUUGAAUACGAGAUCAACAAUCUUACCAAAAUCUUGUGUGUUUUGACCCUCUUAUUAUCGAUUAUUUUGGUGGCACUUGAAGGCUUUCAACCAACAAACGACAAAAAGUGGUACAUUGCAAUAAUGAUAUACUUGAUUUUGUAUUCAACCAUCAUUCCGAUGAGUUUACGGGUGAACCUCGAUAUGGCGAAAACUAUAUAUGGCAGAUUCAUAGAGCGCGACCAAGAUAUUCCUGGGACUGUUGUCAGAACAAGCACAAUACCCGAGGAUCUAGGUCGUAUUGAGUACCUCCUGUCCGAUAAGACGGGCACACUGACUCAGAAUGAGAUGGAACUGAAGAAAAUUCAUGUUGGAACGGUUUCGUAUGCCAAUGAAGCUAUGGACGAGGUCGCGUCAUAUAUCAAGCAAGGUUUUGCUGUAUCUGACAGCACCCGUCAGUCUCUAAUUACACCAUCAACGGUUUUCGGUGCUCCAGCGGGUACCGCUGCUGCCACAAGGACGAGGAGAGAAAUCGGCACCCGAGUAAGGGACUUAUUAUUAGCUCUUGCUUUGUGUCAUAAUGUCACCCCAACCACGGAAGAAGAAGAUGGGCGCCGAGUUAUCAAUUACCAGGCUUCGUCUCCCGAUGAGAUUGCAAUUGUCAGGUACACUGAGGAGGUCGGACUACGUGUGGCUUACCGUGACCGCAAAACACUUAUGCUUGAGUCAACAAGUACGAACCAAGUUGUUGUCCGGGUCCAGAUUCUGGAACUCUUUCCAUUUACAUCGGAGAGCAAACGCAUGGGCAUAAUCGUUCAAUUCGACCACGUCACUGGGGGUAACGUGCCUUCAGAGAGCGAACCCGAGAUCUGGUUCUACCAAAAGGGGGCAGAUACAGUCAUGACAUCUAUCGUUGCAGCCAACGAUUGGUUAGACGAAGAAACUGCUAAUAUGGCAAGAGAAGGAUUGCGCACACUGGUUGUUGGCCGCCGAAAACUAUCUAUGGAGCAGUAUCAAGGCUUCACUGCUGCAUACAAGGAGGCCUCAAUGGCUUUACAGGACCGUGAUACAGGAAUGGCAAAAGUCAUUGGUGGAUUCCUUGAACGUGACCUUGAGCUUCUCGGAGUUACUGGCGUGGAAGAUCGUCUUCAGCGAGACGUAAAGCCAUCCCUUGAACUACUUCGAAACGCCGGAGUUAGGAUAUGGAUGUUGACCGGGGAUAAAGUCGAAACGGCAAGAUGUGUAGCAAUUUCUGCCAAGCUUGUUGCUCGGGGACAAUACAUCCAUACCGUCUCCAAAAUGAAAGAAAAAGCAGCGGCCCUCGAGACUCUGGACUUUCUCCGGCAUAAGACCGAUGCUUGCCUUUUGAUAGAUGGCGAAUCACUAUCUCUCAUGCUCAGCCAGUUUCGGUCUGCAUUCAUCUCGGUAGCAGUCAACCUUCCUGCCGUGGUUGCUUGUCGAUGUUCUCCAACGCAAAAAGCAGAAGUUGCAGAAUUGAUUCGACAACAUACUAAGAAAAGAGUCUGUUGUAUAGGUGAUGGCGGCAACGAUGUCUCGAUGAUCCAGGCUGCCGACGUAGGUAUCGGUAUUGUCGGAAAAGAGGGUCGACAAGCUUCUUUGGCUGCAGAUUUCAGCAUCACACAAUUCCACCAUAUUACUAAACUGCUUGUUUGGCACGGCCGCAACUCAUACAAACGAUCUGCCAAACUAGGACAAUUCAUCAUGCAUCGUGGUUUGAUCAUCAGUGCAUGUCAAACUAUGUACAGCAUAGCCAGUCAUUUUGACCCAAAAGGCCUAUUUAUCAAUUGGUUAAUGGUCGGCUAUGCGACUGUAUACACGAAUGCGCCGGUUUUUUCUCUUGUCCUUGAUAAGGACGUCGACGAAGAGCUAGCCAAUCUGUAUCCCGAGUUAUACAAAGAGUUGAAAAGCGGCCGAAGUUUAAGCUACCAGUCAUUUUUCGGUUGGGUCUUCAUUUCGGUCUAUCAGGGUGCCGUUAUCCAAGGCUUGUCUCAGCUACUCCUCAACACGACAACUGGCAAACGGCUGAUUAGCGUCUCGUUCACGGCUCUGGUUCUAAACGAGCUAAUCAUGGUCGCAAUAGCUGUGACAACCUGGCAUCCCAUCAUGAUUUUCUGCAUUGUCGGGACGGCCUUGGUAUAUGCAGCGAGUAUCCCUUUCUUAGGAGACUAUUUCGAUUUGGAGUUCAUUAUUACAGUGGACUGGCUUUGGCGUGUUGCUGCUGUAUGCGCUGUUUCUGUGAUACCUGUAUGGGUUGGUAAGGUCAUCAAACGAUCAUGGAAGCCUCCAAGCUACCGUAAGGUGCAAGGAUAGGGUCAAAUAUUUCUUCUUUUUUGUAUAUUUGUAUACUACCUAUUAGGAAUACUAUCUACCAAGGCCUUUUUCCGUG